AUGUUGUCCUUGCUCUGGCUACUUCCGUCGGCACUCGCCGCUCAACCCUCCACGCCCGAUCCUAUCUCCGCUCCCCUGCGAACCCUUGAUUUCGGGCAACUGAAUUUCCUCCAUACUACCGAUACCCAUGGCUGGCUGGCUGGUCAUCUGCAGGAACCGUCCUACUCCGCAGACUGGGGAGACUAUGUAUCAUUUGCGACACGCAUGCGGGAGAAGGCAGAAGCACAAGGACAAGACCUGCUCGUUAUAGAUACUGGUGACCGAGUCGAAGGCAACGGCCUGUAUGACUCGUCCGAGCCCAAGGGUAUCUACCUUUCGGACAUCUUCCGGCACCAAGACAUCGACCUGUUGACGUCGGGAAACCAUGAACUAUACAAGCAAAACACAUCUGAGACUGAGCUUCUUGUCACCGUUCCUAAUUUCCGGGGCAAAUAUUUAGCUUCAAAUAUUGAUAUCAUUCAUCCAACAACGAAAGAGCUUGUGCCUCUGGCUCCGCGGUUCAAGAAGUUCACUACCAAGAAGCAAGGGAUCCGUAUAGUAGCGUUUGGCUUCCUUUUUGAUUUCAACGGAAAUUACAACAACACCGUGGUCCAGAAAGUAUCUUCCACUAUCAAAGAGGAUUGGUUCCAAGAAGCCAUUCGGGACAAAGAAGUGGAUCUGUUUUUGGUGAUCGGCCAUGUGCCUGUCCAUUCACCGGAAUACCGGGCGAUCUUCAAGGAGAUCCGGGGAAUCCGUUGGGACACUCCAAUCCAAUUCUUUGGCGGGCACCAGCAUGUGCGUGACUAUGCGCAAUAUGAUAGCAAAGCCUUUGGGCUAGCGAGUGGGCGAUUCAUGGAAACUAUUGGCUUCAUGUCAAUUGAUGGCCUCGCCAGCAAAGCCAGCCAUCAGUCUGCCGUUGGGCCCGUAUUCAAGCGCAGAUAUAUUGACAGCAAUCUCUUGUCUUAUUAUCAUCACACCGGUCUUGAUCAAAAGACUUUUCCAACUGAGAAAGGCCUCAAUGUCUCCCGAUUGAUCACCAAAGCACGGACCGAACUCCAUCUGGACCAGGUCCAUGGAUGCGCGCCACAUGAUUUAUGGAUGUCGCGAGCCAAAUAUCCGCACCCUAACAGCAUCUACACCUGGCUUGAGACUCAGGUUUUACGCGAUGUGAAAGAUGAGUCUCGUGGAGACACACCCAGGCUGGUCAUUGUUAAUACGGGCGCCAUACGGUUCGAUAUUUUCAAGGGGCCUUUUACACAUGACUCGACUUUUAUUAUAUCACCAUUCACCAGUACCUUCCGCUAUGUGAAAAAUGUCCCAUAUGACAAGGCACAACUUAUUGUCGAGGUUUUGAACGAGCAGCCGCAAAUUUUAUCUACUGAUGAAUCUUCGUUGACAACCUUGGGCCCUGUCGAGCAACUUGCAUAUCCGGAGGACGUGAUUGCUCAAAACUGGCCUUCAUCUGGCGACCAAAUUCCCAUGUCCGGUCCGGCCCUUGUGCCUGGUUACACGACAAAAGAUGAUGCGGGCACAGAUGGUGAUGACACCAUCCAUUCACCCAUUUCCUUUUACCGCGUGCCGAACUGCAUUCGAACCCUCAUAUCUACCAAUGCAUCGGAGACACCGAAGACGGUGGAUAUGGUAUAUCUUGAUUUCAUAGAGAGCAAGGUGAUACUGGCCGCCAAGUUUGCUGGUUUCGAUGUCGACAUUGCAAAGGAGAGUGAUGUGUACAUGCCGCCCAUGUCUCUAACAAAUCUCAUUCUUGACUGGGUGAAGAAGAACUGGAAGUGUUGA